GUUUUUGGGCUAUCGCCGUCACAUGUUGACGCCUUAAAGAAAAUUAUCUUGUCUCCAAAUGUACCACAGUAUGUGCUUUUGAGAGGAUAGAAAAAAUUUCAAAAUGUUGGAACGGCGAAUAGCAGUUUUGGCAAUUUUCGCUUCGUUUUUGGGGGCAAACUCUCAAGAGGCUGUGGAGGUAACCUGUCACGUGAAUGGGAAAAAAUCGAUACAGUGCGUUAGUGAAAAGUUUUUGAGCAUAUCGAUUGAUCCAGCCGUUCUGUUAGCUGGAGUUAAUCUAAGUGAAAGUUCCCUGCUGCUAGCUCAACACCUCUCCCCGGCGUACAUUCGCAUCGCGGGACCUUCGACCAAGUUCAUCAGGUACUUCGAUGAAGGGGUACUACUCCCUACAGACACGAACAGCGUACCCGUCACCCCCGCCACGUGGUUCGCUGUCAACGAAUGGCUGCGACUGGCGGGAUUGCAACCCGUUUAUGGGGUGAACGACGUGGAUGAGCUGAAGGGGCUGUGGGACCCUAGGGGAGCCCUAUCGCUGUUCGAGCUGUCGGACAAGUUGAACGUCACGGCGUACUGGCAGUUGGGAUUCGAUUCAAGCAACAAAUCCGAGCUAAAAUAUAAACAGGACCUAGAUCUGUUCCGCUCUGUCCUCGAUGGAUUUCCAGACAAAAACGAAAUUUGGAAAAUUGUUGGGAGCGACAUCAGCCUUCUGCCGAAACCCGAAAGUACGAUAGCAGAACUGAAGAAUAUUGUAGACGCUGCCAUGUGGGAACCGCGUGAAAUCACGGAGACAACUUUUCCAGAGAAAGAUGGAGCAUCCAAGAUAAUCCAGAACCAGAAAUUAGCAAAAACUGGGGUCAAGGUUUGGACAUGUGUUCCAAAAGCGUCUAGUCAUAUCACUUUUGCAUCCGCUUUGAUGUUUGCUGAGCAAUUAGGGCAAGCAGCCAAAAUUGGAUACGAUGUGGUCUUUAGGCAGCCGAGGAUGUAUGAACUCUUUGCGUCUACACCGGUGUUCUGGCUGUCAGCACUUCACAAAAAACUGAUGGGUACCAACGUACUGGAGGCCAAGACAUCUACAAGUCAACCUGGUGUCGACGUCUUCGCGCACUGUUCCAGAAACCAGAACAGCUUCAUCAGAAGGGGCGCACUCACUCUGAUGACAGUAAAUCGAAACAGUGAAGAAGUGAUGUUCAAGGUCAAAUUUGGAGUAACACAAGCUGAUAAAACUAUGGAGGUUCAGUACUACAUACUGACUGCACCUUCAUUAAACUCUUCAGACACGUUUUUGAACGACAAUCUCCUCACUCCAGAGAUUCUCGCUGAGAAAGAUCCGUUCAAACCAAAACUUCGCAGAGCAAAAACCCCAUCCUUCAUCGCUUUAACAGUUCCACCAAGAUCCAUAGCCUUCUUCGUUCUGCCUGGAGCCAAAGUUCCAGUAUGCGUUGAAGACGAGGUUGAAACCAACAUGCUUCUGGAGGAGAUAGAAGAAGACCAGAAGGCUCUACUGUCUGAAGAAAUCGCGUUGAAACUCGGACCUAGAGGAUCGUUCGGAGGAAAUUUGGUCCUGGAAGAAAUUACCAAACAGAUCAAGAAAGAAAUGGAAUCUGAUGAACGAUACUACAAAGACAAAUUCACGGGAAGAAUGGUUGAACCAGAAAACGAGUCCAAAAUUGAAGCAAAAGAAGAUGAAGGAUUGGUGAAUAGAAGAAGGAAAUACUUCAUUGAUAGAGCUAAAUUGUCCGAAAAACGCAGGAAGACGCCCAGCUUUGAAAAGAAGAAAGACGAUUUUAAAAAAUUCUUACUUGAAAAGUCCAAGACAGCAAAGCUAGAAGAUAAGGCUACCCCAAAAAGCACUCAAAUGGAUCUAACGAGUGAUGAAGUUGAGAAAAUCCUCAGAAGUAGAGCUAAGGCCAGAGCUUCUCAACGAAACAUAGUCUUCACUGAUACUGAACUGAAUGCUCUGGUACACAAAGCCAAGAAGAGGUUCUACAGUGACAAAAGUAGAAGAAGAAGAAGCACUAAUGAGUUGGAAGGUAUCAAAAUCAAAAGAGGCUUAGAAAAUACUAAUCAAAUUGUUUUGAGCCGAAUGGUUCAUCCAUAUAAUGACAUUCAAUAUGUUAAAUCAGAAGGGAAGCUUAAAAGUAACAGAAUCAAGAUACCUUUGAGAAACAAAAGAGACAUCAAUCAGCUAAUGUUCCAUCGAGUCACCAAUGCAGAUAACUUGAUUCAGAACAAAGAAAAACGCGAUGAAGCCAAGCAGACCAGAAGGAAGCUGCCUAAAAGCAAAAGGGACAUAGAGAAGAAACGACUUGGAGUAGAACUGAGAAAGGCGGAGAAGAAACAUAAAAUUCGAGUGAAGAAACAAGAGUUGAAAGGUAGAAUAAACGAGAAAAAAGGACGAUCCAGAAAUAAAAGAGAUGUUAGCCUUUAUGCCAGGAUGCACAAUAACCUGAAACAAGAUAAAGUAGCUUUGAAGGAGAAAUUGGAGCAGAAGCUGAACGAUGUCAAAAGGUCCAAAAGAGGCACGGAAAGAUUAGCUGAGGCAAGACAGAAGGUUCGUGCAAGAACGCAAGCUUUAAAAGAUAGAAUGAAAGAGACUUUAAAUAAUAUCAGAAGAACAAAAAGAGAUGUCGACGCAGAAGGAGAAGCAACCACAAAAGGAAGCGCUGAUAGAUUAGCUGAGACGAGAGAGAAGAUGCGUGUAAGGCAACAAGAGGUAAGAGAACGAAUGGAUAAAAUGAGAGAAUCGAUGAGGGAGAGGCUAAGUAGUCUUAGGAGGUCUAGAAGAGACAUAAACAUGGAUAUGGUGAACGAGCAUGGCAAAAAGAAGUCGAAGAAGCAGAAAAUUGUCAAGGAGGCGACCAUGAGGAUACCAGGUAAAACCAGCGCUGAAGUUCUCGCUGACAUAGAGGCUGAAGAGAAGGAAAGUGACAUGGAAGAACCGCCACCGCCAGUAAAGACAGAGAUCUUCGCCGAAAUGGCGAAGGAAGAGGAUGAAGAGGAAGAAGAUAGCAUGUUUGACUUAACGCCAGGCCGCAAAGACCCGGGACUAUUCAAGAAAAGGAAGAAAGGAGAAAGCGAUAAACCGCGAAAGCAUCAACCCAAAACUGAAGACUUGCAGUUUUUGAGGGCUUCCGAAGAAUUCACUGACAUUGAGGAUGAUUAUCCUUGCAUUCACGAAUUCUUCAUGGGAAAACAAGCGACAACGCCGGCUCCAAAGAAGACGAUUAUGGAAUUGGGCGAAUAUACCGCACAGAAAAUCAAGGCUGGGAGAAAACAAAAGCCUGGAUUAUGGGAAGAAGCAGCCGGAUUCAGGAGAAAGCGAAAGAUUCCUGACUAUGACGACUUGAGCGUCGAACCACUGGAAGUACCAAAAGAUUUAGAACGUCACCAAGAUGACCAACCAAAGUCGUCUGAAAGAGCAGGACCCCCAGAGAGACACAUCACCAAGCGCGAGAUCAUCACCAAGAGGUCUUCCGAAGAAACAAAUUUCCAGACUAGGUAUGGUAUGCCAAAGUCAGAAAUCGCGAGACAUUUAUCUCACUUAAAUCGCAUCAUGUCUUUUAAUAAAAGCCCUGAUAUCUUGAAGAGGAGAUCUAGGGAACCUGAGAACAAAGAACAACAAGCGCAGACAUUUCCUUUGGUAGAAGUCGAAGAGAAAAACAGGAGAGGUAUGUUGAAGCAACUUGAUAAGCUGCGAAAGAAAAUCCAACGAAGAAAGAACGAUAUCGACAAACUUUUGGCGAGAGAAGCUAAAAAAUACGGAGAGAUCUUCCCAGCAGAAGCAGAGAGACUGGGUAACAGUUUGCUAUCUCAGUUUAGCAGAGAUUUAGGCAAAGAACUAUCAAUCACGAAGGAUUUGAUCAGAACUCAAAUUCCAUUAGAACAAAAAAUGAAAGAGUAUUCUUACAAAUUAAAGGAAAUCGCAGAUAGGAAUGCAAAGCUUGGUGCUUUGCUAACUAGAGGCUCAUACCCCAAACCACCUAGCUCUAGCGAAGAAAUUGAUGGAGCUAGAAGUAGAGCCACGUCCGAAGAUCAGAUAACGAAACAAAUAGAAUCAGAAGACCAAUCUAUGCAUCAUUCUGAAGAAACAGAUGUGGGGAACGUAUCAGAAAAUCCAAAACCUAAAGAAACUCAAGAAAACAAUAGAAAAGUAUCACUAAUAUUGACUAGAACAGGUGCAAUCUUACAGGCAGAUCAUGAACCGCCCUCAGAAAUCAAACAGCCGACAUUUAACAGUAGAAUAGGGGUUGUAGAAGAAGAUAAAGUAUUGCACGAAGGACAAGAAAACCAAAAGAAAAAAGAAAUUACAAUGAAGCCACCUGAAGAAACUAACAUUUCAAGUGAUAUGAAAGAAGGUCAAAAAUCAAACAUACAGCUUGACCUGGAUCAUCCAGCUUUGGCAGCAAGAAUGGAAAGUGACGAAAGAGAAAAAGAAAUAGUGAAAGACGUAGAAAAUAUGCAGACACCUGUGGAACCUCGUAAACAAGAAGAAAGUGUACGUACUCAAAAACGACACUCACAUCUUGAACUAGAACAUCCAAUGUUCAUAUCAAGAAUGGAUGAUAUCUCAGAUGAAGAAAGACUCAAAGGUCCAGAAAAUGAACGAGUGACAUCUGGAGAGCGACAGAAAAAUAAUUUACUGCUUCCAACUGAGCAAAUUGAAGAAGGUUUUGCACAUACACCAGAGCCCAAAUUGAGCGAAUCUUUUCCGCAAAUAGUAGGCCAAAAACUCGAUCAUUUAACACGCGAAGAGCUAGAAAAACAUGACUUGAUGUUCCCAACUGAACAAAUUGAAGAGGAAGGCCUUGCAUAUACUCAAAAACCAAAAGCUGUGCCAAAAGAGGGCAAAUCCUUGUUGUUAGGAGCCCAAGAGGAAGUACCAGCGAUACCGUCGGGAGAUAGUGUGACCUUUGGACAGCAUGUAAUGGGACGUGAGACAGAAAACAGUCAAGAUCAUCAAGAAGUUGCACCUCUAGCACCAGGUGCUCCAUUUUUUGAAUUCGGAGAUCACUUUUUCAUUCCACCGAAUGAAGAAAGCGAAGCACCAGAAAAACCUGAACAAAUGUUGCCUAAUGGAGAACACCCAGUCGCAGAUCUUGGACAACAUGAUCAAGCAUUAUUUCCUCAAACUGUAUUAGAUCCCUCUAUGCCAGAAUUUGAACAAACACAUCCGAUUUUUUUUAGUAGAAUGGGUGAAACAUCGUCAGAAAACGAAAAUACUAAGGCGCAAUCUCAAGAUAACACUCUCAGGAAGGAGCAAGGAACACUUCAGUCUCCUUUAGAGGAAAGCCAACAACAGUACAUACAUAAAAUCGAAAAUCAAUUAAAUGAACAAUUGGAAACGCUCUUAGCAAGGCACAAUGAACGACUUGAAACUGAUGUAACUUUGGAACACCCCAAAGAUACAAUCAAGGAAAAUCCAGAAGAAACUGUCACCACAAUUGUACACCAAAUGGAAGCUCAACAUGCCUCAGCAACUGAUGAAAAUUUAGUCGAAACCUCGUCCAAAGAGACAGAUCUGGUUAGAUCAUCUUCAGAGAAUGACAGUGAUGAUCUUGGUGAAUUAAUGGAAAACGAAAAAGUUCCAACAACUUUGAAGCCACCACGUGUAGAAAAAACUCCUGAAGAAGUUGACGAAGAGAAAUCUGCAGAAUAUAUUGUUCACAACAUACUGUCACAGAUGCCUCAAGAAACUGAAAAUUCUGGAACGGAUAUUUUCAAAAAAUUCAUUGAAGCGAUGAAAGAUCAAAAAGAAAUUGAUCCAGAAGUACAAGAGAACGAUAAGUUACUGAGUGUGACUCGCAAGAAGCGAUACAUUAUUGGCGACAAGCGAUUUGGAAACUAUCGGCCUCUAACCAAGAAUUUGAAAAAAUGGAAACCAUCUGAUAUCAUGAAGUUCAAAAAUAACGCAACUUCUUUCAAAACUCUUAAACGUCCACCAAACGACUACCAUAUAUUCAAGACCGCUUUGGAACAUAAUAAAGUAAAAGUCAUCCGUAGAAGUGUGAAUGAUAUCGAAAACCAUAUUGAUCAGAGUGGCUUUAACAAAGGAAUGUUUGACAAGAAAGUAAGGGACAUUUUCAAGCCCAGCAAAAAAUUCCAAAAUAAAGAUAAGGAGACAAACAUGAUUGUUAAGAUGAAAUUUGGGGAGAGUGAUGAAAACGAUAAGAAAAAUGAGAUAAGCACGACUAACAAAUAUGAGGAAUUUUUGAAGAACACUGAAGGACUGACGAAAGAUAUUAAGGAUGCUAUGAGAAAUCAAAUAGAUAUUGUUGAAGAUGAAGAUGACAAAACUGGUCAUGAAAAUGGUAUCGGCCUUCUUCAGGUUAACAACAAUAAGGAUUCCGUUGAAAACAUCCAAAAAAUUGAGAAAAAUAAGGCAAAGACUAAAUUAUUUGAACGAGUUGUGUCGAAUAUCUCAGGAUUUCUGACGAAUAUUGGCAAACAAGUAGGAAUGUACGUUAAGCAAAUCAAUAUUUAAUUCUCUGAAAUGUAAGUGAAAAUUGAUAGAAUAGGUUUAAAUGUAGUUAUUUAUUUAUUUAUUGUAAUUGUACUUUUUCUAUAAAAUAAAGAUUUUUUAC